UAUUUUCAUGCUAAUCUAGUGUUUACCACUACAAAAUUUAAAAACAUGCUAAAAUUUAACUUUAAAUGUUUAUUUUUUCUUAAUCUACUAAUAUUUUUUGUUUUCCCUUUAUUAUUAUUUUCCGGUUAUUUGGCUGCUGAAAUUAUUGAAACGGAAGAAUUAAAAGAAUGUUUACAAAAAACUUUCGAAGAUUCUGAAACUUUUAUUUGUGUAUGUAAUUCGGAAUAUUGUGAUGAAGUUGAGCCUCUUGGAUUGUUAGCAAAAGGAAAAAUAGUUUUUUAUUUGACUGAUAAAAGAAAGAAUCGGAUGAAAAAAGUGCUUAAACACUUCCCAUUUAAUAAAACCGAUGAUAAUAAAUUACCAACAAUAUCAAUUGAUUCUUCUACACGUUUUCAAACAAUAAUCGGUUUUGGCGGGGCUUUUACAGAUUCUGUUGGAUUGAAUUUAAAUUCUUUAAGUGCUACAACUAGGGAAGGCCUUAUUAAAAAUUAUUUUCAUCCUGAGGAGGGAAUUGGGUAUUCUAUUGGAAGGGUGCCUAUUGCUAGUACUGAUUUCUCGACGAGAGAAUAUUCUUAUGUUGAACAAGAAGGGGAUUUUGAAUUGAAAACAUUUUCUUUGGCAAAAGAAGAUUUUGAAUAUAAGGCUAGUUUUGAAAUCCCUUACAUAAAAAUGGCAAAUCGCUACAGAAUAGGGCAGCCCUUCAGACUUUUAGCCGCCCCAUGGGCAUCACCUGGAUGGAUGAAAACUAAUGGGAAAAUGAAUGGAGAUGGUGAAUUAAAAGGAGAUUUAAAUGGACCUUAUUACCAGUCCUAUGCUAAAUAUUUGAAAAAAUUUUUUGACGAAUAUCACGCAAAUGGAAUUGAUUUUUGGGCUUUAACCAUUCAAAAUCAGCCAGAGAGUGGUUUAGAAAAAGAUUUUCCUUUCCAAACAAUGUUUAUGAGUAAUCGAACACAGAGAGAAUUUGCCAAACAAUUAUUAUUACCGUUAUUUCAAAAAUCAGAAUAUACAGUAAACCUUAAGUUGAUAGCUUUUGAUGAUGUAAGAGAACAUUUAGUUGUUUCGGCUUCAGAGAUAUUUGAAAAGCAAACAGAUUCUUCUUCGUCAAAAACAUCAUUUGAACAGACUAACAUUUUCCUAGAUCAUUUACUUCCUUUAGUACCGGAUUUUGUUAUUGAUGGAGUGAAAAAUUUUUUAAAUUACCAAAAUGAGGUGGAAAUAAAAAAUCCAAUAGAUGGAAUAGGCGUUCAUUGGUAUGUACUUGAUAAAAUUGAAGAUCAAAGCAAAGUUCAUGAACUUUACAAGGACAAAUUUAUUAUAUCGACUGAAGCAUGUGCAGGUUUUGAUAUAAUUGCAGAUUUUGGACCUCGUAUUGGUAAUUGGACGAGAGGUUGGAUGUAUGGACACGAUAUUUUACAUAAUUUGAGGAAUUGGGCUAUUGGAUGGAUUGACUGGAAUAUUUGUUUAAAUAUGGAAGGAGGUCCGAAUUGGGUCAACAAUAUUGUAGAUGCUCCCAUCCUUGUGGAUGGAGAGAAAGAUGAAUUUUAUAAGCAACCAAUGUUUUAUUUUAUUGCACAUUUUAGUAAAUUUAUUCCGCCCGGUUCUGUCCGUAUCAACUCCUCUCUAUUUAAUAAUUUAUCUAAUUAUUCAAUUAAUUUAUUAAACAAAAUAGAUCAUGUAGCUUUUGUUACUCCUAGAGGGGAUAAAAUAAUUGUUUUGAUUAAUCCAAAUGAAGAAAUUAUUGAAUUAAAUAUUAAAGAUAUUGUUGAGGAUAGAGAAAUGAAAAUUGAAUUAGAACCUAAUUCUAUUAUGACAGCUAUUUGGAAUUGA